AUGAAGCAUGUUUCAUCACUCACCUUCUCCUUCCUCAUCUUUAUUUUCAUCACAAAUAUUUCACUAACUUUUUCACUAGACUCUGUUGAGCAAGUAUUGGACGUAAAUGGUAACCCCAUUUUCCCAGGUGGGAAAUACUACAUCUUGCCAGCAAUUCGUGGCCCCAUGGGUGGAGGACUAAGACUAGCAAAAACAGGUAACUCAGAAUGUGAAGUUACUGUCUUACAAGAUUACAAUGAAGUUAUCAACGGUGUACCAGUGAAAUUCAGUAUACCAAGAAUAAGUCCUGGUAUAAUCUUCACUAGUACUCCGAUUGAGAUUGAGUUUACAAAGAAGCCAAAUUGUGCCGAAUCUUCGAAAUGGUUGAUAUUUGUUGACGAUGUUAUUCAAAAAGCUUGUGUUGGUAUUGGUGGCCCUGAAAAUUAUCCUGAUUUUAAAACAUUGAGUGGCACUUUUAAUAUUGAGAAACAUGAAUCUGGAUUUGGUUAUAGGCUUGGAUAUUGUGUUCAAGAUUCUCCUACUUGUUUGGAAAUUGGGAGGUCUGAUGGGAAUGAGGAUGAAGGUGGAUCACGGUUGAAUUUGACUCAUCAAAUAGCUUAUGCGGUUGUGUUCGUAGAUGCUGAUUCUUAUGAAGCUGGAAUUAUUAAAUCUGUUGUUUGA